AUGGACCAACGUCUACGAUCUAAAUAUGUCUUAUAUUAUUUAUUAUUCAUAGGUGGUUUAUUAAUAAGUUUAAUAAUUUAUAGUUAUAAUUUAAAAUCUUAUGGUUCAGAUAUACCUAGUUGUAGGCCAGUUUGGAUGGGUCCAUCAUAUGCAAGAAUAAAAUCAUUUGAUGAAUCAUAUACGAAAUUAGCAUCAAAAUAUUCAUUAUAUUUAUAUCGAGAACAAGGUAAAAAUAAAAUACCAGAAGAACAAUCAACAGAUCAAUUAUUAAGUGGUAUUCCUGUUUUAUUUAUUCCUGGUAAUGCUGGUAGUUUUAGACAAGCAAGAUCAAUUGCAUCAGAAUCUUCAAAUUUAUAUUUUGAACAAUUGGAAAAAUAUACAGAAAUAAAUCCAAAUAUACAAGAGUUGGACUUUUUCACUGCUGAUUUUAAUGAAGAUUUUACAGCUUUUCAUGGAAGGACAAUAUUAGAUCAAGCUGAAUUUUUAAAUGAAGCUAUAAAAUAUAUUUUAGAAUUAUAUAAAGAUCAUAAUGAUCCACCACGGUCAGUUAUUAUAAUUGGACAUUCAAUGGGCGGAAUAGUGGCAAGAUUAAUGAUUACAUUGCCGAAUUAUUUACAAGAUUCAAUAAAUACAAUAAUUACAUUAAGUUCUCCACAUUCUGCUGCUCCAUUGACUUUUGAUGGUGAUAUCCUUAGAAUUUAUAAUGCAAUUGAUCAAUUUUGGUAUUUUGGUUAUAAUGAUCCUUUAAAAAAUGAAUAUUCAAAAUUGGCUAAUUCAAGAAUUAAAAAUGUUUCAUUAAUUUCAAUUACUGGUGGUGAAACAGAUACUACAUUACCAGCAGAUUAUACAACGUUGGGAUUUUUAGUACCUUCUUCUAAUGGAUUUACUAUUUUUGCAACUGGUAUACCUCAAGUAUGGACACCAAUUGAUCAUUUGGCAAUUGUAUGGUGUGCACAAUUAAGAACAAAAAUAGCAGAGUCAUUAUUAGAAAUUAUAAAUAAACAAGAUGUACAUAAAACAUAUUCAUUAGAGAAAAGAAUGGAAAUAUUUAGAAAUAAAUUCAUGACAGGAUUUGAAAGUUUAGCAAUUGGUGAAACUGAAUUUGAAUCAAACGAGAAUAGUAUACAAUUGGAGAAAGAUAAACAUUUAUCAUUAAUUUCAUUAGAUAAAAUUGAAGUUAAAUUGUGUAAAUCUGAAAAAUGUAUCACUAUGAAAUCUCAAUUAGUUCCUAAAUCUACUGGUGAUUUAAUAAUUUCAGAUUCUUCAUUAGGUGGAAAUGAACAACCAAUGCAUGUUUUGAAUAUACCUUCAAGUAUCACUAAUGAGUAUGAUUACUUAAUAAAAGGAGAUGCUGCAGAAUACCAAUUCAAUACAGAAACAAAUUAUAUCAUUGAUGGAAAUCUAAUAUUUGGAAAAUCAAUAACCAUACCUGAAGACCAUCCAUUAUCGUUCAAUAUCAACAUACCACAUGCUUGGAAUAGUUUGCUAGUAUAUAAUGCCAAAUUUAAUUAUGAACAAGGUGAUAAAUUUUAUUAUACAUUUGUUAGACAAUGGGUAGAAGAACCUUUUGAAACUAAAUGGCAUAUAAACUUACAACCAAAUAAAAAUUAUAAAUUAACUCAACAUAGUGUAUCACCAUAUGUCCCAUUUAAAUCAGACAGUAAUCAUGGAAUGAAUCUACAAAUUUGGUUAAAUUCAAAAUCAGAAACAACUAUAUCGAUAAGUAUAGAUUUAAUAUCAAGUUUAAAACUUUUAAUUUUGAGGUAUAGAUUAUCUUUAGUGUCGAUGAUACUAUCAAUUACAAGUCUAGUUACAAUUUUUCAAUACUUGAAAUUUGAUAAAUUUCCAAAUUUAAUAAACAGAUUAGGUUAUAUUAAUUCAAAAUACGGACUUAUCAUUGGUAUUAUACUAAUUAUAUUAAAUCCAAUUGUCAAAUCAUAUCCGCAUGUGUUUAACUUAAUUGAUUUAGUUGUAUUCCAAGAUUAUAAUGAGAUUAAUCUUAGUUUAAGUUCAAAUUUCAAAUUAAAUUCAUUUUAUUUAGGUUUACAAGAGAAUUUCUCGAUAAUUGGACUUAUAUUAUACUUUAUAUCAAAUUUUAUCCUUAUAUUAACAUACCACUUAAUUAUUUCAUGUUGUUAUUUACUAAAUUUCAUUAUUAAAAGAGUUAGAUCAAGUACAAAUAAUCGAAAUUCCAAGUAUAAAUUAUAUUUAACUAUAUUUUUAAUAGUUUUGAUACCUAUCUACAUCCCAUAUCAAGUUGUUUACGUCAUUUGUUGCUUAAUUCAAAUUAUAAAUGUAUUGAAAUCAUAUAAUAAUAAUCAAUUGUUUAAUUAUCAAGUAUCUUGGUUGAUUUUAAUGCUUUGGAUCUUGCCCAUCAACAUACCUAUCUUAAUUGUGUUCAUUCAUAAUUUAUCAAUUAAUUGGAAAACUCCAUUUAGUUCUCAUCAUAAUUUAUUAUCAAUCUUACCGAUACUAUUACUUGUACAGAAAAAUAAUCAACUAGAAAAACUCAAACAAUCAAAAUAUAACAUAUUGAUAAUCUUGGGGUUAGGGUACCUUAUUUUUUAUUCAUUGAUUUAUGGUAAUCGACAUACGUUUUGGUUAUAUCAUUUAUUUAAUUUUGUAAGUUUGAUCAAUUUGAUAAUAUUAAAUAUAGAGAAAUAG